UACAGCUAAUGUAGGCACUUACUGCGCUGAUUCCCAAAACAAUGCUAUCCAACUGGUACCAAUUAAUGACUCACUAAAAGCACACUCCAAAGAAAUAUUCAAGGCAGAUUACCAGCGCAAUUAUACCAUCCGCAUCAACACGUAAUCAGUCGUUUAUAAAGCGACUGCAAGCAUGAAAUCACUCCGAUGCUCAAAGCCGACCCAUAACAACUCAAUCAACGCAAUUUUAAAAUAAACUUUUUUUUAUACCGUACAAACACUGGCCGCCUUGAACAAAAAAUAUUUCUCGGCGAAGGUCUUAAUAAUGACUUUCUCGAGAACUUGUUACAUAUGGACAGCGUAGGUAAGGCGUAUGUGCAGCUUUAAGAAACAGGCUAUUCUCGACCUUAUGUGUAUGAAUUUAAUCAGUAACAGAUUAAUUCGAAGUUUGGAUGAGAUUCGAAAUAAGUACAUAUAUGAUUAGAUACACUCGGGUGCUAUAAUAUUUUUGUAUUGUAAUGGUUUUAAUCUAUGCUGGUCUUACGUCGGAAAUACAGUUAAUUUUAAAUUACUGGUCAAUUUACUUGCCUACCCAACGAUUACAACACCUUUCGACAAGUACAAUUUAUGUAGAGCCUAAUCAUUCAUCUUAACUCUACAGAUCCGACAGGGCCGAAGACAGUUCACUCGGGCUCGCUCGCUCGGAGCCCGUGGAAUAUUAUAAUAAAAUAAAAAUGCAACAAGUCUAUUCCGUUCAGUGAGAUACGUUUAUUCCGAAGAGACACAAGAGGUGGGAGUGGGUGGGGUCGGGAAGGGAAGAAGAUAUGAAGCUGUCAUCUGGCGGUGUGGCGGGACCGGUGCGGCCGGCGGGGACUCGGCUCUAAACACAACUCAAUCGGAGGCGCGCGCGCGUACCGCAUGGACGCACCCACUCGCUCGGCCUUGCGUUCCGCAUAAACAAAACGCAAACAAAUACAACACAAGUUAUCGUAAUAACGCGGACUCGAAAACGGUGUUUUGUAAAUUAAACUCUACGUGUUAAUUCUAGAAAACAGUGAUGGUUCCCCGUGACGUUGUUAUACAGUGAUAUUUUUGUGUAAGAUCGUAAAAGUUUAACAAAAACAGGGAGUUCUAAACUUUCCAAUGAACACAAGCCAUGUGACUACGGCGAGAACGGCGAAGCAAGAUUUGUGAUGUGGCUGGCAGCGGCGUGGCUAGCCGCGUUCGCUGCGGUGGCGGGCGCGAUGUCGUGCAACGAGGCGCGCACGCGCUGCGCUUACCGCACCGGCUGCGGCGCCGCGCUCGGGAACUACAUGAUGAUGUGUGAAGAGGUGCUGGCGGAGUCUGCCUCCCCGACCAGCUGCCCCAGGGAGUGCGGGAAUGCGUUGAUAGCUCUCACGUCCACUGAAGAAGGGAAACAGCUUAUGAAUUGCGAAUGCGAGGACAAGUACUGCUUGGAGGCGAAACAGAAGAUUGACGUCUGUAGGCCUCUGGUGCUGAGGGGGGCGGCCAACGCGACGUCCUCCUGCAGUCUGUCGCAGCUGAUCUGUCUUGCGGACGCCCAGUGUGCCACCGCACUGGAGUACUACCACCGCCUGUGCCGGUCCAUGUUCCGGGGAAGGAAAUGCUCCAACAAGUGCCUCAACUCCAUAGAGAUAUUAAGAAAGCAGGACAAAGCCGCCGCCCUCACAGCUUGCACGUGUGACGGGAAUGAUUACGACUGUCCUCGAAUGCAGAACAAUCUAGCGAGGCUCUGCUAUCAUAAAAUGAAGAAUCAUACGAAGAAUCAUGAUAGGCACGGAGAGAGGCAUAAGAAACCACCUGCGCCGGUAGAAGAAGUUCCCGUCAGUGGUGCUAAUGUGGCACAACUUACAAGCAUCGUAGCGCUGAUGGCUGCGACCAGCGUCAGCUUCAUCACGUGAUACAAGGCCACUCCAUCAUAAAUUAAAGUUACAUAUUGUGUAUAUCGAGGACUUAAAGACACUGCCAUACAAGAGACUAUUCGUGUGAAACUUUUCUAGUGCUUUUAAGUAGAAUUGUUGAUGUGUAAGUAUGCGAUAAAUUAAAGUACAAUCCAAUGUACAUAUGUAAAAACAGUAUUAGUUAACUUAAGCUUACGUGAGGGAAUCAAGGGUAAUUACGUAGAUUGUUGUUUAUAUUUUAACUAUUGUCUUAAUAUGAGAGUGGAUGUGUUGCCGCCCACGGGCUGCGCAGGCGACGCUAUAAAUACGGCGGCGCCGGUGGUCCGGUGACAAAUGCUGGCCUGUUCCCGAUGUAGCGCCACGCCGAUUGAUCUAACGACUGUUCCGGUUACACCAUCAUCCUCACAUAUUUACGUCAAAGAGAAAUUCUUUUAUCUCUCUCUUUGGCACCAAUUUGAAAAGGACGGAAUGCGAGUUGAGAAAUAGUAUGAGAUGUGUAGUGAAUUAGGGAAGUGGCUGAUCUAAUGACAUAGAAGCUGAAUCCGGUGGGCGGCACUAAUCGCCCCGGUGAUGCAGGGCGUCGGUUAAUGUUUUACAAAUAUGCGGUAUUCGAUGCCAGAGUUUUUUCAGGCAGUCUUAUGAUCCCUUUCUUUGACAUCCGUUUAAAAUAGCGUGUCGUUUAUAAGUAGAUUUGUAGCUAGUGAAGAAUAUAUGUGAUCUUUGUGAAUACAGUUUCCUCUUAAAUUGAUAGUAUGCUUGUCAGAAAAAGUUGAAUGUCUUGAGGUUAAGUAGGUUAAUAGAGAAACAGUGUAAACUGGUCAACACUUCGUCAUCAAAUAUGUCGUAAGAAACUUUAUCCUAGACAUAAAAAUAGCUUAAACGUACAAAUUCCAAAAAGCAAUACAUUUUUCUGGGUACAACAGAAUAGAACGUACUAAAAAUGAGAUGCUUGUGGCCUUACAACUAGCUUUUAGUAUAAGAGUUGCAAUUGUAGAAGGGAGAUAGUGCAUUACAAGGUGUAGAGCGACGUCCCGCUUCCACACCCACAAUAGUCUUAUUUUCGGUUUAGUUACUGUCUCUCUUGCCACAAAGCCAUUGGUUUUUUGAAGUAUCUCAUUUAAAAUGUUAAGAGCCGUCGAGUGACUCGUAAAGUUGUGCGAAGUUAAAUGUGCGUAUUGUUGGUAAAUCCGUGUCGUGGUACCGGUAAUGAAGACGAGGAAACCGGUCGGGCCAGCGCCAGCAACAGAUCAAAUCAGAGCAACGUGAAUGAAAUAGUUUCUCUCUGUUUUUAUUAAAUGUAUAGUUUGUUUUGUUAACAUUUUAGUACCAGUGUACUUUGCUUUUGCGAGGAUUUUUAAUUUCAUGUGGGUUGUUAAUUUAGAGCACUUAUGCAAAAAACAUUUAUUUAAAACGUACAUUGACCAUAUUUUAUCUGCUCGUAUCGUAAUUUUUCUUCGUAUUUCAAAAUCUUUUAAAUAGUCUUAUUCUGACCUAACAUUCUAGUUUUUUUUUCUACAAUCAUACUUAUUCUAUAAACAUUAUUGUAUAACAAGUAUUGACACUACAUUCCCAGAGUACAUUUUCCCAUACAAUUCAGAACUCUCAUAACUAGAUACGAUCUAAAUAUCAACAGAGCGGUGUAUCAAUCAAGUUCCUUUGCAUAAAACGGACUACAUUCGAUGCUCAACUGUCAUCCAAGAAAUACUGACGUCACAGCCAUACAUCUUCUCAUACAAGUGUCAGCCAACACUUUGUAUGCAUCUCGCAAACGACGGCGUACUAAUGUUUCGUCGCCCGAAUCAUGUUCUUAUGCAUAAUGCAACGAUAAUGCGCGGAAUACGAACUACUCGAGAUUUAACUUUGUAUACGAUACGGAGUUUGUAAAACCGUUCAUGUUUGUAAAUUGUUAACACGUUACAUUAGCUGGGAUUGCAGUCAUUACAGUAACAUGCUGAAACAAGCGAGAAUUAGUGAUGUACUCGUAGUUACUUGAUCACAUUCAAACGAUUCGUUUUUUGUGGUUCGAAUUGGGUAAAUCGAUUAGUGCUUUGUUUUUGACAGAAUUACAUUAAUUGUUUGUUGUCGACAAGUUAUUUUUUCGUGUACCGACACGUGUGUGUUUUGAUACAAGACAGUUACGUCACUUGCCGAAAUUGAAUGACAUCUUCAUAGAUUUUUCCUCUCGCUUUCUUUUCUAUUAAGAUGUCAGAUUGUCUAAGCCCACUGGUCUAAAGAAUUGAUAGACAGUUAAAGAGUCUAUCGCUUGUAGCCUAUGCCUAACUUAUGCUUUGACCAAUUAGUUUACCAUUUUAGUAUAGGUAUUUAUUCAUCCUGUGUGUUACACUGUAAUCUCUAAGCUUAAAUUUUAAUGCCUUUCAGUAUAGAUUAUACCUCAUUGCUAAAUGUUUGUAUGUGUUCAUUAGCUUGUCAAGAUAUGUUUGCGUGUGUGUGUUAAAGUGUAAAGAGCGAGAGGUCGAUUCUGAAAGCACUCGUAAAUUGUAAAAUGCGAAUUUCGAGUGUUUUGAUAAUUGAGUUCUCUUCAAAAUUUCCAGUUAGGUUAAUUAGGUGACUAAGUUAAGUUUAACUGUAAGAGAUGAAACUCAUUAACCACAGUUUACCAAA